AUGGAGAUUUGCGUGAGGUUGAACGACGACUGCGAAAGUGACUACACUUUCCAAAUCGAUAAAGAUGACACUUUUGAGUCGAAAAUCAUGAAGAUGUUCAGCCCUAAAUCAGGGCUGGCGAAAUUUAUGGUGUUGAGACCAUCGAUUUUUUACAAGAAAGAACCAAAGGGCUUGACAAAAUCAAUGCAUCCAGGUUUCUUGACGGAAGAUGGGUGCCUAAUUUACCAUUACGACUGCGACAAACGCGAAUACCGUAAACCGUUGGAUUUGAAAAAUAAGAAAAUUUGGGAACAAUUGUGGCCUGGCCAAUUGGUGCUGCCUCAAUGGGAACUAUCGCGUUCCAACAUUGCCACGUUUGUUGUGCUCAUGCUGGCAUGGCUAUACACGGAUCUGCCUGAUGUGGUAUCGCCCACUCCGGGCAUCUGUUUGACAAACCAGUUUUCCAGAAGAUUGAUAGUGGUGGCUCGUCAGUUUGGUUACAAUGCGAUUGCAGAAAAAUUGGUGGAAGAAACGCAAGUCAAUUCCGCCGGUACGAUAGCCCAAUGGUUGUUUUUCACGUUGCACUGUUUGAAAGUGCUAUUUUUGACGCUUGUGAUGUACACGGGGCUGGUAAACCCGCUCACCGUCAACCCAUUAAACUUCUACUACACCCGGAAACCGGUUGUUUCCAAAAACACGGAGGCUUUGAAGGAAACUUUACGCUCGAUCGGAUGGAUCGGUGUGAAACGUGCUACUUACGAUGAUUAUCGCGACACGUACUACAACUAUCGGUUGGAAAAAGCCGGCGGGAUGGUGGCAGCUUACAAGAGUGGUAUUAUGAAAAAAGCAGCGACUCCCGGCGUUGUUUUGGAGACAGGUGAGGGAUUCCAAACACCGUUGGACAAACGGUUCACAGAGUCGACGUUCAAGACGAUGGAGAAGAGCCGCAAGUUUGUCUUGAGUGAAGAGUACUUGAUCCAGGUGGAACACGAUCUUAAGGACCAGAUCAAGACCAUUGACGAGAAAGAAGUGUACAAGAUCAACCAGGAGAUCCGCAAAUUCCGUCGUUACGGCUUUUUCGAGUGCGGGCCACAACUGGCACGGUUGGUACAGCUGCGACAGGAGGUUGCUGCGGAGAAAGCCGCCGCAGCCCAAAGUGCAGAGGAGAAGAAGGCACAAUAA